AUGCGACCGUCGUCUCUUUUACUUGCCGGAACAAUAGAUCGAGCAGGUGCAGUCAAAGAGGCUUUUCAAUUCGCUUGGGAUGGCUACUUUAAGUACGCCUAUCCUAACGAUGAGCUUCGACCGGUGUCGAAUACAUAUAGCAACUCAAGAAAUGGAUGGGGCGCCUCAGCAGUCGAUUCCCUGAGUACUGCGUGCAUUAUGCGACUUCCAGAAGUUAUCGACACAAUCCUGAAACACGUUUCCGAGGUCAAUUUCUCAAGGACGGGUGACCUUGUGAAUCUCUUUGAGACGACAAUUAGGUAUCUCGGUGGUCUGCUGUCAGGGUAUGACCUUCUGACCGGUCCGCUCUCCGAUUUAUGCCUAGAUCAAGAACUCGUCAAUGGCUUGUUGGAUCAGGCACAGAAUCUUGCAGAUAUAUUGAGCGUCGCAUUUCGUACGCGUACUGGUAUACCUUUCAAUCGCUUGAAUAUCACCGACAAUGGACUGGUUGGCGAUGGGACGAAUCACAUUGCCACAAUUGGAACUCUUGUCCUAGAAUGGACCCGCCUCAGUGAUAUUUUGGGCGAUCCGAAGUAUGGUAGUCUUGCCGAGAAAGCGGAGUCGUAUCUUUUGGAUCCUCAACCACCUGCUGGAGAGCCGUUCCCUGGGCUAAUUGGAACCACUGUCAAUAUCUCAACCGGUGAGAUUAUGGAGUCAAGCGGCAGUUGGGGAGGUGGAGACGACUCAUUCUAUGAGUAUUUAAUCAAGAUGUACACUUACGAUCCCCAACGUUUUUCUGUCUACAGAGAUCGAUGGAUAUUGGCAGUGGACUCUACAAUCACUUACCUCCAGUCACAUCCCUCAUCUCGACCCGACCUGACUUUUGUCGCUGCUUUCCAUGGAACAACCCCAAUCAACAGCAGUUCGCAUUUGGCAUGUUUCCAUGGAGGCAACUUCAUCCUGGGAGGGUUGGUGCUCAACCGGACUGCCUACAUCGACUUCGGCCUCAAGCUUGUGAAUGGCUGCCACCAAACGUACGUUGCAACGGCUACUCGAAUCGGGCCGGAGGGUUUCAGUUGGGACACGAGUGCCAUUCUCAAGCCAAAGGACGAAGAUUUCAAGACUCAUGGCUUCUACAUCACUGGCGGAUCAUAUGCAUUGCGUCCAGAAGUUAUUGAGAGCUAUUACUACGCAUAUCGCGCAACGGGCGAUCAGCAAUACCAGGAGUGGGCAUGGGAUGCGUUCGUAGCAAUCAACGCGACGACAAGAACAGCCAGUGGGUUUUCCAGCAUUUCGGAUGUGGAUGUACCCGGUGGUGGCAAAAAGUUGGAUAUGCAAGAGAGCUUCUUGUUUGCAGAGGUGUUCAAGUAUGCUUAUUUGAUCUUUGCCGAGGAUGACGAGUGGCAAGUCCCGAAGAACGGGAAGAACACAUGGGUCUUCAACACCGAAGCACAUCCGCUGAGAGCCGGUAUCCGGGGAUAUCACCAGUGACUUGCAUGCAGGUCAUGCCGCAACAGACAAACUUAGAUCCGC